AUGUCUGAAAGUAAAUUGACAAAGAAUCAACUUUUGGUAAAAAUUGAUCAAUUAAAAGCAUCUCUCGAAGAACAAAAACGAGAAAAUAAUGCUACGAAAGAAAAUCAUGUUAAUGAAGUCAGUCUUUACAAAGAAUUGAUCGCUGCAAAAAAUAAUGAAAUUGCAAAUUUGAUGUCUAUGAUCAAGAAACAUGAAAAAGAAAUUGAACGAAUUGAUAAUAUGUACAAAAAACAUGAGUAUGAAUAUGGUGAAAGAUUGAAAGAAAAAGACAAAAUUCAUAAACGUAAAAAAGAAGAACGAGAAAAAACCUAUAAACAUGAGAUAGAACUUAUGCAAGAAAAUAUUAAUAAUUUAGAACAAAUUCUCAGUGAUUUACAAUCACGAGUUAAUAAUAAUGAAAAUGUUUCUACUCCAGAAUUAUAUUAA